AUGAUUUGUAUUCAGUGUGGUUGCUCCAUAGAUUCUUUGUAUGUGAUUUAUCCAGGAAAUCAUAUUAGACUUACGGAUUGUCCACAAUGCUCACAUAUAGUAGAUAAAUACGUGGAGUUCGAUGCGGUGCUACUGUUCAUAGAUCUAUUGUUGCUUAAACAAGGUGCUUUCCUCCAUACGGCUGUUAAUAGGUUAGAAUUACAUCUAGCGAAGUUUCACAAAUGGGAUAGAAGUACUGCAAGUGGUUCCACUUUAUCGCAACGUAUCAAAAUUUUAUGGAAUAAUAUGCAAAAUUGGUUAAUGAAGUAUGACCAAUUGAAUCGGCUACAGAUAUUUAUCGUUACUUUUGAGGUUUAUCUUCAUUGGAUGGCCGCAGAAACACAAAUGUUGAAGUACCAGUCGGUAUUUCAUGUGGCCGAUAAGUUAAUGAUUCGUGAGAUUCUCAAUUCCUCUAUCUGGAGGCAAUAUACUUUCUUCUUCCUGCAAGUGAUCAUAGAGAUGCUUGUUCUCCAUUUUGUUUUCUGUCACUUACUCAUUAAAUAUUGGAAAUGGAAUGCUACUUAUAAAAUAAGACAUGAUAUUAUUCAUUAUACUAUCACUAUUGCAAAUAGCGCCAAGAUAUUCCCCAUUUUGAUGCUAAUAUGGCCUUAUGAUACUCUCCUAUCAACGACUAUCAUCCAAAUGCUUGCCAACAUAUAUAUUAUAGAGGCGGUUCACAUCGUUACCAGAAUAUCUUAUAUUAAAAUUACCUCCUUUCUUGCAGCAACUUUGAUAUUACAAUACUGCUUGAUUCAAAUCCUGCUCAUAGCAAUGGUAAGUGGAUUUGACACUAGCUUAACAAAGAGCUAUUUGACUUGGGAAUAUAAACUUAUGCUUUUUAAAAUGAACGCUAAGAAGAGCCUAUACUUAUAA